UCCCAGCCCCGCCCCCUCGGGCCGGGAUUGGCCGCGGCGCUGCCCUGUGGAGCCGGCGAUUGUCCCCGCGGCCCGGGCGGCCCCUCCCCCGGGUCAUGGCGCUGCCGUCCGCCCGGCCCCGCUCCGCGCCUUGAGUCGCCGCGCCCCGGCCGGAGGGGAGCCGGCGCUGCGGACGGUCCGGUGCCGCCGUGCCCGGGCGGGGGCAUGAGGAGAGCGCGGGGAGCGGCGGCAGCAGGCGGCCUCGCGGGGGUGAGCUGAGGCGGGCGCGGGCUGAGGGGAGCCGCGCCGGGCCCGCGCCAUGUCCCUGCUCUGCGUGCGAGUGAAAAAAGCAAAACUCCAGGGGCCACCAGAUAAAUUUAAUACCUAUGUGACCUUGAAAGUGCAAAAUGUGAAGAGUACAACAGUUGCAGUGCGAGGGGACCAGCCCUGCUGGGAACAAGACUUCAUGUUUGAGAUCAGUCGGCUGGACCUGGGCCUGAUUGUUGAAGUAUGGAACAAAGGGCUGAUCUGGGACACUAUGGUUGGGACUGUGUGGAUUGCACUUAAGGCCAUCCGGCAGUCCGAUGAGGAAGGACCUGGAGAGUGGUCUACGCUGGAGGCAGAGGUCGUAAUGAAGCAUGAUGAGAUCUGUGGGACCAAAAAGCCAACUCCCCAUAAAAUUUUGCUGGAUACAAGAUUCGAGUUACCUUUUGAUAUCCCUGAGGAGGAAGCCAGAUAUUGGACCAAAAAACUAGAACAGAUAAACUCUUUGGGAGAUCGUGGUGAGUAUUCAUUUUCAGAAGAAGUCCAGAAGAAACCAUUGCCCACUGCUGCCUCCCAGUGUUCCUUGGAAGACCCUGAUAGUGCAGUGGAUGAUAGAGACAGUGACUACCGCAGUGAGACCAGCAACAGCAUUCCUCCUCCUUACCACACAAUCUCACAGCCCAACGCCUCUGUGCACCAGUUCACUGUGCCCUCUCGCCUGCAGCAGCAGGGUGUGUCUCGGGACUCCUGCAUGGACUCCAUGCAGAGCUAUGAUCUGGAUUACCGGGAACGUAUGGCCGUCAGGCGAUAUGAUAGCAUAGAUUCCACUGUGAGUGGCCGAUCUGACCUAGAAUCUGCAUCUGAGUCUAGUCAAAUGACAAGCCGCCAGUACUCGCUAGAAAGCAGGCAGUCUCUAGAUUUGUCCGAUAGUCCUGCUGGAAGUAGCAGGUAUGGCUCCUCAUGUAACGUCAGUCAGGGGAGCUCUCAGCUGAGUGAGCUGGACCAUUACCAUGAAAGCACCCAUGGGUCUGAGCAAGAGGAUGAACACCGGGAAGGGGAAUCCAAUCAUUCCUGUCACAGCUCUGGCAGCUAUCAGAAGGAUGGCCAGGAGUGGCGCACUGAGCCGGAGGAACACCCUGAGCAUCACAGCGAAACAACAGAGAAGGAAAAGGUCUGUGUGAGAGAGGAGACAGCUGAAGAUCAUUCUGCAUCCAGAUUAACCCCACAACUUGAGAAGCCCAAGGAUAUCCCUGCAGGGCGGCCAGAGAGUUACCUUGAUGAAAAUGAACCCCCAGCAUUUUCUCCUGCAAGAGCUCGCUGGCUCCGAGCCAUUAACAAAAUACGAGUACGGCUUCAGGAGGGUCAAGAUGAUGAAGAUUCACCAAAACCACCUUGGUUCAAAGAAGGGCCUGCAGGUGGUCUCUAUGGCAUUGACAGCAUGCCUGAUCUACGCAAAAAGAAACCAAUUCCACUUGUCAGUGAUUUGGCUAUGUCACUGGUUCAAUCCAGGAAGGCUGGAAUUACCUCAGCAAUGGCCACUAGAACUUCUCUUAAGGAUGAGGAGCUGAAAUCUCAUGUAUAUAAGAAGACCCUGCAAGCCUUAAUUUACCCUAUCUCCUGCACAACCCCUCACAAUUUUGAGGUGUGGACAGCUACAACCCCUACCUAUUGCUAUGAGUGUGAAGGGCUCCUAUGGGGCAUUGCAAGGCAGGGUAUGCGCUGCACUGAAUGUGGGGUCAAAUGUCACGAGAAGUGCCAAGAUCUGCUCAAUGCUGAUUGCUUACAGAGAGCAGCAGAGAAGAGCUGUAAACAUGGAGCAGAGGAUCGGACCCAAAACAUCAUCAUGGCCAUGAAGGAUCGCAUGAAGAUUCGGGAACGGAACAAGCCAGAAAUCUUUGACUUGAUCAGAGAUGUUUUUAGUGAGAGCAAAUUAACACAUGCUCAGCAAAUGAAGACAGUGAAACAGAGCGUGCUGGAUGGCACCUCCAAAUGGUCAGCUAAAAUCACUAUCACCGUGGUUUGUGCUCAAGGUCUGCAGGCCAAGGACAAAACUGGAUCCAGUGAUCCAUAUGUGACAGUUCAAGUUGGCAAAACAAAGAAGAGAACUAAAACAAUUUUUGGGAAUCUGAAUCCUGUUUGGGAGGAGAAAUUCCACUUUGAGUGCCAUAACUCCUCGGAUCGGAUCAAAGUGCGCGUCUGGGAUGAGGAUGAUGACAUUAAAUCUCGUGUCAAGCAGAGGCUGAAACGUGAGUCGGACGAUUUCUUGGGUCAGACCAUCAUCGAAGUCCGCACAUUGAGUGGAGAGAUGGAUGUAUGGUACAAUCUUGAGAAAAGAACCGAUAAAUCUGCUGUAUCUGGUGCUAUACGCUUACAGAUCAAUGUGGAAAUAAAAGGAGAGGAGAAGGUGGCUCCGUAUCACAUUCAGUACACCUGCCUUCAUGAAAACCUCUUCCACUAUCUCACAGACAUUCAAGGGAGUGGGGUGGUGAAGAUCCCUGAUGCCAAAGGAGAUGAUGCCUGGAAGGUGUAUUUUGAUGAGACAGCCCAAGAAAUAGUGGAUGAAUUUGCAAUGCGUUAUGGUAUAGAAACAAUAUACCAGGCUAUGACGCACUUUGCAUGUCUGUCCUCCAAGUACAUGUGUCCAGGAGUGCCAGCUGUGAUGAGCACCUUACUGGCCAAUAUCAAUGCCUACUACGCACACACUACUGCAUCCACAAACGUGUCUGCUUCUGACCGCUUUGCAGCCUCAAACUUUGGGAAAGAAAGGUUUGUUAAACUGCUGGACCAGCUGCACAAUUCACUCCGUAUCGACCUCUCCAUGUAUAGGAACAAUUUCCCAGCCAGCAGCCCUGAGCGGUUACAGGACUUGAAAUCCACCGUGGACUUGCUGACCAGCAUCACAUUUUUCAGAAUGAAGGUUCAAGAACUACAGAGCCCACCUCGAGCCAGCCAAGUAGUGAAGGACUGUGUGAAGGCCUGUCUCAACUCAACCUAUGAAUACAUCUUCAACAAUUGCCAUGAACUGUAUAGUCGCGAGUACCAGACAGAUCCCAACAAAAAUCAGGACCUUCCUCCUGAGGAGCAAGGCCCCAGCAUCAGGAACUUGGAUUUCUGGCCUAAACUCAUCACUCUGAUAGUUUCCAUUAUAGAAGAGGAUAAAAAUUCAUAUACCCCUGUUCUGAACCAGUUUCCUCAGGAGCUCACUGUUGGGAAGGUCAGUGCUGAAGUCAUGUGGAACCUUUUUGCCCAGGAUAUGAAAUACGCCAUGGAAGACCAUGAGAAGCACAGACUGUGUAAAAGUGCAGACUAUAUGAAUUUGCACUUCAAGGUGAAAUGGCUGUACAACGAGUAUGUCCGCGAGCUGCCUGCCUUCAAGGGCAAAGUGCCCGACUAUCCAGCAUGGUUUGAGCAGUUUGUGAUGCAGUGGCUGGAUGAGAAUGAAGAUGUUUCCCUGGAAUUCCUGCAUGGAGCCCUGGAGAGAGAUAAGAAAGAUGGGUUCCAGCAAACAUCUGAGCAUGCUCUGUUCUCCUGCUCGGUGGUGGAUGUCUUCACACAGCUCAAUCAGAGCUUUGAGAUCAUUAAGAAGCUGGAAUGUCCGGACCCUGAGAUUGUUGCUCACUAUAUGAGGAGGUUUGCUAAGACAAUUGGGAAAGUGCUGAUGCAGUACGCUGACAUUCUCUCCAAGUGUUUCCAGUCCUACUGCUCCAAGGAGAAACUACCCUGCAUCCUGAUGAACAACAUUCAGCAGCUGAGAGUGCAGCUCGAGAAGAUGUUUGAGGCCAUGGGUGCUAAGGAGCUGGACCCAGAAGCAAGUGACAAUCUCAAAGAGCUCCAAGUGAAACUGAACAAUGUUUUGGAUGAGCUCAGUGUUGUGUUUGGUAACAGCUUUCAGAGCCGUAUUGAUGAGUGUGUCAAGCAGAUGUCAGAUAUACUCUGUCAAGUGAAAGGGACAGGAAAUAUCCCUGCAAAUGCCAGGAACACGGUGGCGCAAGACGCGGACAAUGUCCUGAGGCCAUUAAUGGACUUCCUGGAUGGAAACCUGACGCUCUUUGCCACGGUGUGUGAAAAGACCGUGCUGAAGCGGGUGCUGAAGGAGCUCUGGAGGGUGGUGAUGAAUACCAUGGAGAAGCUCAUUGUGCUGCCUCCGCUCACAGACCACACGGGUACGCAGUUGAUUUUCAGUGCUGCUAAGGAACUGGGACACUUGUCAAAGUUGAAGGAUCACAUGGUGAAGGAAGAAACUAGAAGUCUCACUCCAAAGCAGUGUGCGGUUCUGGACCUGGCUCUGGAUACUAUAAAACAAUAUUUCCAUGCUGGUGGGAACGGUCUAAAGAAAACCUUCUUGGAGAAGAGCCCAGACCUGCAGUCGCUCCGCUACGCGCUGUCCCUCUACACUCAGACCACAGACACUCUCAUCAAAACCUUUGUCCAGACACAGACAGCUCAGGGUUCUGGUGUGGAUGAUCCAGUGGGUGAAGUGUCCAUACAGAUCGACCUGUAUACACACCCAGGAACUGGUGAACACAAGGUCACAGUGAAAGUUGUGGCAGCCAAUGACCUGAAAUGGCAAACAUCCGGCAUGUUCCGCCCAUUUGUUGAAGUCACUAUGAUUGGACCUCAUCAAAGCGACAAGAAAAGAAAGUUCACAACCAAAUCGAAGAGCAACAACUGGGCACCCAAAUACAACGAAACCUUUCACUUCAUAUUGGGGAAUGAAGACGGCCCAGAUGCCUAUGAGCUCCAGGUCUGUGUGAAGGAUUACUGCUUUGCUCGGGAAGAUCGGGUCCUGGGGAUAGCUGUGAUGCAGCUCAGAGAUAUAGCGGACAAAGGAAGCUGUGCUUGCUGGUGUCCACUAGGCCGUAGGAUUCACAUGGACGAGACGGGGCUCACGGUCCUGAGGAUUCUUUCUCAACGAACCAAUGACGAAGUGGCCAGAGAGUUUGUAAAGUUGAAAUCGGAGUCCCGCUCCACAGAAGAAGGCACCUGAGCUGAGCUCUGAACAUUCCCGCUCUCGUUUUCCUUGUGCCAAUAUGUGCAAGUGUUCAACCAUUUUCUUUUACUAAUUACAAAAGGUUUUUCAGUUAGUCUGUGUUAGCUCCAAUAGCGCACGUGCCGUACCGGAAACAAAUCCACCAAUCGGAUGUGAAUUAUUUAUUGUUUAGUGGGGGUAAGGCAUCAUAGAGAAUGAGACACACACUUUUAUUUAAGAUACAAAUUGUGCUUUGUACAAAAUGGUUUUCUCACUGGGCGGGGCACACUGUUGCGGUGUGGAGAUGGAGCACUGUGAUUUGAUCCUCUAGAAUUGGCAGACAUGAAAUGUCUUCAGAAUCAAACAUGAAACAAACCACUCAGACAUGUUGGGAGGAGAACAAUGCUUUUGGUUGUUGGAAAAGCACAGUUGUUCCCCUUACUGUAGAGCUGCCAAAGGAUGUUCUGGUGUCGAUAAUGCCAGUCCAUGCCAACAUGACAUGCGGGCACAUCAGCAUCAACUUAAAAAAUGCUGCAUGUUUUUUAGACUAUGCAGCUAGAAUGAAGUAUGACCAAGAUGGUGCUGUCAUGAGUGGAGUCAGGACAAGCAAGCCAAGAACCCAGGUGUCCAAGCCUUUGCCCAACUGAGAGCGGCAAAGACAGCUAACCAAGAGUAGAUCACAGCUGAGCACAUUGUCACUAGUUGGUGCAGCCAUAUCGCUGUGAAAUGAGGGCUGUUGCAGGCUGCUAGAUUCCACGAGCCAUACUCUGGGCACCUCUGACCCAUGGAAUGAGCACUACGGUGAUGACAAAUUAAAUGGCUGCUGUAUGUUGAUUUUAACUUCAGCGCUGUGCUAUUACUAGGUUUUUGACACGUAGAAACACGGAGGGUUUGGGUUUGAGUUGGUGGUUCAAUAUUUACAAGAUUUCAACUGCAUUUGUUUCCAUGGAGUAGCUGAGGAUUCCUUGCUAUAUACCCUGAUGCAAUGGCCUAUCUGGGGCAGACACAGCAUGUGCUCAUCAGAAAGAAUUCUGUCCAUUCACACAGGUUGGGGAGGGAGUGGGACUUUUCUCUCUUGAUCACAAGGUUGCUGUUGGCCAUGCAGAGGAUAGUUUGCAUAAGUAUGACUGUCAGUCAUUCUGUGAAUUCAUGUCACCAUGGGAAAUAUUUUUGCACUAGAUAAAAGGAGUGUCCAAUUUGUUUCUUGUAAAAUGAGAAGUCUUGAGCAAAAAUGAUUACGGGGACAUCAGGAUUGGCUUUUAACAUAUUUCUUAGGUUGGGAGACAAAGAUUAGGAUUUGUACUUGAGACUUCUUUUCCUUCCUAUUUGCAGCCAAGUGAGCACUGUCCCAUUCUGAAAUGGAAGGUGGAACAAGCCAGUCCUGGCACAUAAUGUACUGUAACACUGUCAAUGAAGUCAAGGACUGCAUAUUGGGUGAUUCCUUUUGUAUUUUAUUUUCUAUUUUUCUCUGACAUUUGUACAGCUGUAUGAUAUGAAUCUUGUACUUCACAGGCCUGCUUGUAGAGUUCUCAGAGACUGCAUACCUGCUUUGUUAUUGUCUAUAGAUGUAUUAUAAUAAUGAUCUUCAAAACUCUGACCAAUUGUUAUGAUUUUUAAUCAUUGUCUGUGCCAUUGUUUUAGGAAAUGAUAGUACAGUCUUUAAUAAAUUAUCUUUUAGCAGCA